AUGACUCAUAACAAAUAAAGCGAUUUGUUUGCUGUUUUAUAACCCCUAGAAGAUAUAGAUACUUAAAUAUUCAAUUUAAUAAUCGAAAUACUUUUAAAGAAAAAAGUCCCAGAUUCUCUAAAUUUUCUUUCAAAAUUUUAAUCUCAACUACAUAGAGAUGAAUACAUUUUUUUAUGUGGUGAAUUAUAACUUUUUGAUUAAUGGUGGAAAUUAGGUGCCUUUGCAAGUAGUAUUAAAAAAUUUACAAAUGUUCUCUAAAAAAUAGCUGAGCAUGACUUUAAUUCAAUGAAUUACUCUGCAAACGUUGAUAAAGAAAAUAGAGAUAUUCUUAUUAGUAAUAUAUCAAACUAAGAAAAAAUUAUUAAUUUUUUGAAAUUUCUUGUAAACCUCACAAGUAUAGAUGACAAAUUCAUCUAAGGCGGAUCUAACUCUCUUCAUUUAUUAGUUCAAAUGAAGGUUGACUUGAGAAAUCAAAAUUUUGAAGACAUUAGGAUUAAAAAUACUUCUUUAAUAGGAGCGAAUUUAUUUAGAUGUAACUUAAGUGGAUCUUAAUUUGAUAAUGUUAUUAUUAGUGGAAUGUCUAUUAAUCAAGCAAAACUAUAUAAUUGUAAGUGGAGAAAUUUAAGGAUACAUGAGGGAAUUAUCUUAAAUAGACAUAUUGGUUGUAUUAAUUAAGUUUGCUUUUCUCCAGAUGGUAAAUUAUUAGCCUCUUGCAGCAAUGAUUAUUCUAUUUGCAUUUGGUACGUUAGAACAGCAAAAAUAUAGCAAAUAAUUUUAAGUAAAAGGGAUGUAAUUUCAUUGGGCUUCUCACCUGCUAACAAUUCAUUAGCAUUUAGCAAUGGAAAAUUUGUGUACUUAUGGGAUAUUAAAAAAGGGAAAUAAAUAUAGAGAUUAAUUGGUCAUAACAAUGAUGUUAAUUCAGUCUGUUUCUCUCCCGAUAGUCAUAAAUUAGCAUCUGGUAGUGAUGAUUACUCUCUAUGCUUAUGGGAUGUAAAGACUGGAAAAUAAAUUGCGAAACUAAGAGGUCAUUCUGGUUCUGUUAAUUAAAUCUGUUUUUCUCCUGAUAGUACUACAUUAGCAUCUGGUAGUUUAGAUAAGUCCGUCCGUUUAUGGGAUGUUAAAACAGGAAAAUAAAAAGCCAAAUUAGAUGGUCAUUUUAAAACAGUUUAUACAGUCUGUUUCUCUCCUGAUAGUACUACAUUAGCAUCCGGGGGAUAUGAUAAGUCUAUCCUUUUAUGGGAUGUUAAGACAGGAAAAUAAAAAGCAAGUUUAGAGGGUCAUAAAAAUUAUGUUAUGUCGUUGUGUUUCUCUCCUGAUGGUACUACAUUAGCAUCUAGUAGUGACGACAAGUCUAUCCGUUUCUGGGAUGCUAAGAAAGCAUAAUAAAUAGCCAAAAUACUAAAUGGUCAUUCUGGUUCAGUUAAUUCAAUAUCGUUCUCUCCUGAUGGAAUUACAUUAGCAUCUGGUAGUUAUGAUUAGACUAUUGGUUUAUGGGAUGCUAAUAUAGGAUAAUAAUAAGCCCAAUUAAAUGGACAUUCAAAUUAUAUCUUAUCAGUCUGUUUUUCUCCUAAUGGUACUACAUUAGCAUCUAGUGGCUAUGAUAAGUUUAUCUGCGUAUGGGAUACUAAGACAGGAUAAUAAUAAGCCAAAUUAGAUGGUCAUUCAAACUAUGUUAUGUCAGUGUGUUUCUCUCUUGAUGGUACAUUAGCAUCUGGUAGUGUUGAUAAGUCUAUUCGUUUAUGGGAUGUUAAGACAGCAUAAUAAAAAGCAAAAUUAGUUGGUCAUUAAGGAAUUGUAAAUUCAAUCUGUUUCUCUCCUGAUGGUACUACAUUAGCAUCUGGUAGUGAUGAUAAGUCUAUUCUUUUAUGGGAUGUUAAGACAGCAUAAUAAAAAGCCAAAUUAGUUGGUCAUUAAGGAAUUGUAAAUUCAAUCUGUUUCUCUCCUGAUGGUACUACAUUAGCAUCUGGUAGUGAUGAUAAGUCUAUUCUUUUAUGGGAUGUUAAGACAGCAUAAUAAAAAGCCAAAUUAGUUGGUCAUUAAGGAAUUGUAAAUUCAAUCUGUUUCUCUCCUGAUGGUACUACAUUAGCAUCUGGUAGUGAUGAUAAGUCUAUUCUUUUAUGGGAUGUUAAGACAGCAUAAUAAAAAGCCAAAUUAGUUGGUCAUUAAGGAAUUGUAAAUUCAAUCUGUUUCUCUCCUGAUGGUACUACAUUAGCAUCUGGUAGUGAUGAUAAGUCUAUUCUUUUAUGGGAUGUUAAGACAGCAUAAUAAAAAGCCAAAUUAGUUGGUCAUUAAGGAAUUGUAAAUUCAAUCUGUUUCUCUCCUGAUGGUACUACAUUAGCAUCUGGUAGUGAUGAUAAGUCUAUUCUUUUAUGGGAUGUUAAGACAGCAUAAUAAAAAGCCAAAUUAGUUGGUCAUUAAGGAAUUGUAAAUUCAAUCUGUUUCUCUCCUGAUGGUACUACAUUAGCAUCUGGUAGUGAUGAUAAGUCUAUUCGUUUAUGGGAUGUUAACUAAGGAAAAUAAAAAGCCAAAUUAGUUGGUCAUUCUAAAACAGUUAAAACAGUCUGUUUCUCUCCUGAUGGUAAUAAAUUGGCUUCUGGGAGUUAUGAUAAGUCUAUCCGUUUAUGGGAUGUUAAGACAUAACAAUAACAGGCUAGUAUAGAUGGUCAUUCAAAUUAUGUUAUCUCAGUAUGUUUCUCUCCUGAUGGUACUACCUUAGCAUCUGGUAGUUAUGAUAACUUUAUCCUUUUAUGGGAUGUUAAGACAGGAUAAUAAAAAGCCAAAUUAGAUGGACAUUCUAGCACAGUUUAUACUGUUUGUUUCUCUCCUGAUGGUACUAAAUUAGCAUCUGGGAGUUAUGAUAACUCUAUCCGCGUUUGGGUUGUUAAGGCAAAUUAGACAACUAAUGUUCAUUCUGAUUCUGUAAAUUCAAUCUGUUUCUCUCCUGAUGGUACUAAAUUAGCAUCUGGUGGUUUUGAUAACUCUAUCCAGUUAUGGGAUGUUAUGACACAAAAAUAAAAAGCCAGAUUAAAUGGUCAUUCAGGAACUGUUUAUACAGUCUGUUUUUCUCCUGAUGGUAUUAUAGUAGCAUCGGGUUCUGAUGAUCAAUCAAUAAUUUUAUGGGAUGUUGAGACAGCAUAAUAAAAAGCUAAAUUUAAUGGUCAUUUAGGUUCUGUGCAUUCAAUCUGUUUCUCUCCUGAUGGUACUACAUUAGCAUCUGGUGGUUUUGAUAACUCUAUCCAGUUAUGGGAUGUUAUGACACAAAAAUAAAAAGCCAGAUUAGAUGGUCAUUCAGGAACUGUUUAUACAGUCUGUUUUUCUCCUGAUGGUAUUACAGUAGCAUCGGGUUCUGAUGAUCAAUCAAUAAUUUUAUGGGAUGUUGAGACAGCAUAAUAAAAAGCCAAAUACCAUGGUCAUUUAGGUUCUGUGCAUUCAAUCUGUUUCUCUCCUGAUGGUACUACAUUAGCAUCUGGUAGUGUUGAUUCCUCCAUACGUUUAUGGGAUAUUUAGUCAGGAUAAUAAACAUUUAUAUUAGAGGGUCAUUCACUUUAAGUUAAGUCAGUCUGUUUCUCUCUUGAUGGGACUAAUUUAGCAUCUAGUAGCUUAGAUAAGUCUAUUCGCUUAUGGGAUGUUAAGACAAAAUAAUAAAAAGCCAAAUUAGAUGGUCAUAUAAGUUCUGUUAAUUCAAUCUGUUUCUCUCCUGAUGGCUCUACAUUAGCAUCUGGUAGUUUUUAUUAGACUAUUUGUAUUUGGGAUGUUAAUACAGGAAAGCAAAUUUUACCUUCAGAUAAUCAAAACAAAGAUACUCUGGUGUAAUUUUAACCUGAAAUUUUAUCAAACGCUACUUCUAAUAUUACAAUUUUACAAAUCUCCUAAUAUCCAAUUUUCUAAGCUUAAGGAACCAUAAUCUUGAAGGGAGAAUUUUUUAAUAAUAUGCAAAUAGAUUUAACAUAAUUAUUUAAAUCUAAAGGCUGCUUGAAUUUAGAAAAUUUUAUGAAAGUUUGA